AUGGCUGGGGAGGGGGGGAGUGGGGAGUGGUUCAAGGCGGAUGAUCUCCGCUGCAUCACCUUUGUCUACGUUCCAUCUGCAUUGCGGUGGGACAUCCAUGGUGAGGCACAUAAGUACAUCACUGAACUCAAAGUCAGGGUUGGAUGUUGCAAGACGGACAACUCUAUAGACACGCUUCGCUCCCAAGCCACGCACUCAGCCCUGGAUUCGUGGAACUCCACUUUCCAGGACCCAACCUACCGGGGCUCUGAAUUCUUAGAGCUUCAAUGGCCUGACAGGCGGCUGAUCCAGCCAUUGUACCUCGACGGGGGACCUUGGCUUUCAACCUUUGGACACAGUAUCACUGAGUUCGCUCGUGUCUGCCAGUGUAUAACUGGCCACGUGCCCAUUGGAGCGUACUAUUGUCGCUUCAAGAUCAAUGAGCCUCAUGGCUGCACUUGCAGGGCUGCUUUGCAGUCCCAUCAGCAUAUCCUCUUUCACUGUCGUGAUAGAUACUCUGUACACUAUCCCCGUUUUCUCGGGGAUAUUGCAUCAUUUAUGAAGUACAACCCUACAGCAUUUGGCUUCAACCAGGACCCUUCAGGUGUCGGAUAA